AUGCCUGACUUCAAGCUCUCUGCGUCUCUCGAAGGCCACGGCGAUGAUGUUCGCGCCGUGGCCUUUCCAAACCCCAAUGUCAUACUCUCAGCCUCUCGUGAUGCCACCGUCCGACUUUGGAAGCUUGUCUCCACCCCGCCCCCAACUUACGACUACUCGAUCGCCGCACAUGGCCAGGCCUUUAUCAACAGUUUAGCUUACCUUCCACCAACAUCCGAAUACCCAGAGGGCCUGGUGCUUUCUGGUGGGCAAGAUACUAUUAUUGAAGCGCGACAGCCUAGCAAGGCCGCCACUGAUAAUGCCGACGCUAUGUUGCUGGGUCAUGGCCAGAACGUCUGUGCUCUGGAUGUCUCUUCAGACGGCGGAUGGAUCGUCAGUGGCAGCUGGGAUUCAACUGCUCGGAUCUGGAAGAUUGGGAAGUGGGAGUCCAGCGUAGUGUUGAAUGGCCAUGAGGGAAGCGUCUGGGCCGUCCUGGCUUAUGACAAGAAUACCAUUAUUACCGGUUGCGCCGACCAAAUGAUUCGCAUAUUCAACGCCUCCGGCACCCUCCUCGGAAGUAUAAAGAACUCCAAUGACGUCGUACGGGCUCUCUGCAAGCUUCCCGCGUCGCACCCCACCGGUGCCCAGUUUGCCUCGGCCAGCAACGAUGGCGUUAUUCGGCUUUACACUCUAAAUGGCGAGCUAGUCGCCUCUCUUCACGGCCACGAAAGCUUUGUCUACUCCCUCGCAGCGCUGCCCACUGGUGAGCUGGUGAGCUCUGGCGAGGACCGUACUGUCAAGGUAUGGCAGGGAACCGAGUGCAUUCAAACAAUCACCCACCCUGCCAUCUCGGUAUGGAGUGUUGCGGUGUGCAAUGAAAGCGGUGAUAUUGUGAGCGGUUCCAGUGACCGCAUCACUCGUGUCUUCAGUCGAAACCCAGACCGCCAAGCUGCUCCCGAGGUUAUUCAGCUGUUUGACCAGGCCGUCAAGGAGUCGGCGAUUCCGGCUGAGCAGGUUGGCAAGAUCAAUAAAGAGCAACUUCCCGGUCCAGAAUUCCUCAAGGAGCGGUCUGGAACGAAAGAAGGUCAGGUUCAGAUGAUUCGCGAGUCGGAUGGAAGUGUCACUGCCCAUACCUGGUCAUCAGCAACACAGGAAUGGAUUGCUGUGGGCACGGUGGUGGACUCGGCCGCAAGCAGUGGCAGGAAGACGGAGUAUCUUGGGCAAGACUAUGAUUAUGUGUUCGACGUUGAUAUUGAAGACGGCAAGCCUCCGCUGAAACUUCCCUAUAAUGUCUCUCAAAACCCAUAUGAAGCGGCGACCAAGUUUAUUGGGGACAAUGAGCUGCCUAUGUCCUACCUUGAUCAGGUCGCGAACUUUAUCACACAGAAUACCCAGGGUGCCACCCUCGGCCAGGCUCAAGAAGCACCUGCGGGUUCAGACGCCUGGGGUUCGGAGCGACGAUACAGACCUGGCGAUGGCUCAGCUAAUGAAGUCGCCCCUCCAUCUAUUCCCGAGUCGCGUCCUCAGGUCCUUCCCCAGAAGACAUACCUCUCAAUCCGCUCUGCGAAUAUCAAGGUCAUUACCAAGAAACUCAAGGAAUUGAACGCCAAGCUCCUUUCUGAAGGAGAGAAGGAUACAGCCCUGAGCCCUUCGGAAGUGGAGACUGUUGUUGCGCUGUGCGGGGAGCUAGAAGCCUCCCAAAAGCUAUCUGACACACCAGCCGUUCAGUCCGGAAUCCCAUUGAUAUUCAAGAUCGCGACGAAAUGGCCGGCGGCCAACAGGCUCCCCGGACUGGAUCUGCUUCGCUUGCUGGCUGCCGCCACACCUGCCACUGCAUCUGCAGAAUACGACGGCGCUGAUGUUCUCAUUUGUGUCUUGGCCAGCGGAGUCUUCGACGCGCCCUUCAAUGUGAACAAUGCCAUGCUUUCCGUCCGCACAUUUGCCAAUCUUUUCGAGACUAUCGCGGGCCGCAACCUGGCCAUCCAGACAUUCGACCAGGUCCUGGCGGGUGUGAAAUCCGCGUUGGCCAACAGCGGAGACCCGCCAAAUCGUAAUCUCACAAUCGCCGUCACGACUCUGUACAUCAACUUCGCAGUGUACCUUACUUCUGAAGGCCGAGCCCAAGCUCCCGAAUCCGCGGAGCGGGGCCUAGUGCUUCUUGAGGAGCUGACCAAUAUCGUUUCCGGAGAGAAGGAUUCCGAGGCGGUUUAUCGCGGGCUUGUUGCGCUCGGUACGCUGGUCCAGGCUCUGGGGGCCGAGGUCAAGAGCGCCGCGAAGGAGAUCUACGAGGUUGAGGGUGUUCUAUCGCGCAUCGCGGCUUCUGGGCCGGGCAAGGAACCACGGAUUAAGGGUGUUAUUGGCGAGAUCCGGGCGGCUCUUUAG